AUGUGUUUGUUAGAAGUUGUCGUGAUGUACUGUUAUUUGUGUUCAUACUCCACUACAGGAGAGUCGGUGAUGUCCUACUCGCCUUUUGAAUUCCGAAGUGUGCCAAACGAUAUCAGAGCCAAUACAUUAUCGUUUCCAAAUUCAAAUAUUUCACCGCAUUCGAAUCAUGUGACUCGGCAACAGAUAAUUCACACCAGCCCGAUGCAAUCACAGCCAGUGCCAAAUGUACAAAAAACCCAAACGAAAAAUUCAGAUUUCUCUUUUAACGACUUUUUCUAUGCGAUGAAUGGAUUACCGGAACAACAUAAUUUACAACCAAAGUAUGGAGCUUCUGUAAAUCAACAAAAUAUUACUUCUCUUAACGAUCAUCCGAGACGAAAGCAUCAUUUUUGGAUAACUAAGCCGUUUCAAGAACCAGCGUCGAUAAAUGUGACGCCUACGACGAUUGAACCUCAGCCAACAAACAAGGCUUCAUCUAAAUUAAAUCUGAUGGAGUCGGUAACAACGAAGAUGUCAAGUAAAAUGAGCGGUCUAAUGGAAUUAGUGUUCGCUUUACUCGGGUCUGGUUCAAAUAAUUUAAUUAUGAAAGGAUUCAAAGAUGUCGUUAUAAAUGGUAUCGUAAAACCUCUGAUUGUAGCGAAGGGUGGAAUUAAAACACUUGUAAGUAAAAUGUCGGUUCCGUUCAUAUCAUUAUUAUUGAUAAAUUUUGAAAUUUUAGCCACUGUUUGGUGGUUAUGGGAUGACUGCUCUGACAUGCAGCCUUCACAACCUUCGCAGCAGUAUUCGUCACUACCAAAUAGUUAUAAUAAGAAUUCGACGUUAAGAUGAUUGAUUAUUAUAAUCUUAAUUUUCGCCCAGUUUUCUAGAUUAUUGUAUUAUAUUAUAAUAU